AUGCGUCACAGUAGGUUCGUUGAUGUCUCUAUGCACCUCACGAAUCUCAUGUGGUUGAGUUGUGAAACGCUCGCUACACUCAAAAUCGACUGGAAGCUGGAGCAUACCAUUACGGCAUUACAAACGCUGCAAGCAUUAAAGGAUAUUGAAGUGCGAAAUUUCAAUACAAAUGCUUGUACAAUUUGUAUGCGUGACGAACUGUUAAGGGUUCAAGAUCAGAACUUACAAAUUCACUCGCCACACUGCGCAUGUGCUGAAGAUCUCCAAUCAGGUUUAAUACCACGCUUUUUUCGCACGCUCAUCGCGCGUACUAACAUCAAAAAGCUGACACUCGAAGCUGAAGUUUUGUGUAGAAAUCUCAAUUACUUGCACCACCUGCGACACCUAACGCAUCUCAGCAUUAUUGCGAAGAAAGCCGGGCUGGAUGGUUUUUGCAUACCAAUGAAUUUCUCUCAAGCCGUUGGACAGCUUGUGAACUUGGAAUAUUUGUAUUUAGCGAGGUUUUUCUACUGCUAUGACGACGUUAUUUAUAUCGUCGAUAGAUGUCGCAAACUAAACGAGGUUAGAUUGAAGCAGUGUGUUGGAUUCUCGGAUGUGGUGCCCUAUGACCUAGUCGAAGUACUGAAGCACAAACGCGCUAAGGAUCAGCUGCCAUUCAGAUUAUAUAUGCUUAACCUGAUGGUGGACUCCAGCGAAGCGUGUAGUGAACGCUCGGGCGACAGCAAUGAGGAAGUAAGUAGUAUUGUUAUCCUAUAAGAACGAUUUAUAAUGAACAUAAUUUACUAUACAAACAGG